UGCUCUGAUGUUGCCGGUGGACAGUCGGCAGUCGGCGGUACCGGAGUUAACCAAGGAAAUCAACCAAACGCCCCUAACGAAGCCGUCGAUGCUUUCCUUAAGUCUCGCGGUUACCAAGGCCUCUACUCUCAGAUCGAGGCACUUGGUUCUCUCUUUCUCUCUAUUUACUUGGAUUUUCAUUCAAUGUUGUUUAAUUAUACGCACAUCUCAUUUUCCUAUGUUUUGUUAACCAGUGUAAAAUUAAUUUUGAGGAGUUAGUUUCUCGGUUUAUGGUUGAAUUUUAUGAUAUACUUCGAUGAGGAAAUUCAUUUGAGCAGAUUGGACUACAAGUUAAUAGGCAUUGACUGUUAAUUGACUUACUCAGUGAUUUUGAAUAGCUGGCUUGAUUAGAUAUCCCUUUGGUGAUUGAAAUGGGCAGGGACUCCUUAAAAUUGAACUUGUACUAUAGCUAGUUAAUUGUUGUGAGUGGCCGAUUUUAUGCUAGAUUAUAAAUGGAGUUCGGAUGCCUGUAUAUGUCGGAAAAUACAAGUACAAUUGAAAAGAAGAAAAAAAAAACAAACAAAUUUGUUAGGGUGAGACAGAGACACAUAUAUCUUGCUCUCUUUAAGCAGAUUCAGGCCUACUACACUAUAUUUAUCACUGUAUUACCGGUUUGUGGUUGAAUUGUGAUAAUUUGGGAAGAAAAUUCCAUUGACCAGAUUGGACUCCAAGUUGAAUUAGCAUUUGACCGUUUGAAAACCUGACUUACUCCGUGAUUACUGAGUCACUAGCUCGAUCAGAUGUCCCUCUCUAAAUUUGAUUGGUGAUCAAAAUGGACAUGGACUCCUUACAUCCGGACUCGUACUAUAACUAGGUACUCAUUGUGAGUGGUUAACUUUCAUCUAGAUUAUUUCUGAAGGAAAUUGAAUGCCUGUCGAUGUUGACCAAAUACAAGUACAAUUGGAAAAAAGAAGAAAAAGAACAAAUGCUGUAGGUUGAAACAUGGAUAUCAUGCUCUCUUUGAAGAUCCACACCUACUGCACUAUAUUUUCAUUGGUAUAGCAUUAAUUCUUCAACUUGUCUUUUCUAGGAACUAGGAUACAACAACUAGUCCGAUGUUGUUAGACUCAACAAACUCUGGACUAGUUGAGUCCAAAGCUCUUGUACAAAGACACUUUCUCCCACAAGUAAUACCUGCUCUUUUAUGGGAAAUAUGUUGGAGGCUUAGGCUUAGGCUUUUUCUUUCUCACAACUUUUUUGCAUGAUCACAUCUCAUUUUUGAUGCACACUACUAUACUUUUAAAUUAUCAUCACGAGGCAGAAAAACUCUUGUUUAUAAGCAUAGAAUUUUUUACAUCGAAUAAAUAAGAGUUUAGUGGGGCAAUGAAGUUGUAAGAACUUGAGAUCAUCCGUUAGUGGUUAAUAACUUGACCUAUUAUUGGGUUAAUCAGUGGGUAGAUCAUAAGAUAGUUGAUUCAAGAUAUACACGCGAAACUAUGGCCACCUUCACCAUUGUAGCCACUAAAAAUAAAAUUUCAAGCAAUUUAAUGUUAUUAUUUGUAAUAUUAACAUAAAAUAUCUCCAACAUUCUCCCACACAUUUGAUAUUAAUAAAUAGAAGAAAUUCUUAGAAAAGAAGUACAAUUUAAUGGCUAUAGUUAAACAAUAGCCGUAGCCGAUACCAAGAUAGGAGAUCUCAACAAGUUGUUCCAUAUGAUAACACUUUACGAGAUGGAAAUGCAAAGUACUUUUGUACCUAUUCAACUCAAGUAUAGAAAGGUAAUAUAUGCUUUUACGGUUUUACCUAAUACUUUCAUGAAUAGAUAAAUAUCGCGGUGCGGUUAUUUGUGAAGCAAGCUACCUCAUCCAGUCCAUAUGUACACUGAUAAUGCAGUUGUCUCUAUCUGCUACCAGCUUACGUGAUCGUGAUGUGCUUUCCAAGAGUGACCCUAUGGCAGUUCUCUAUUCAAAAGAAAAAGAUGGUUCAUUGAAAGAGCUUACCCGUACUGAAGUAGUUCUGAACUCAUUGAACCCAAAGUGGAUUACAAAAUAUACUAUGGCUUAUUAUUUUGAGACGGUGCAGAAUUUGGUGUUCCGUGUGUAUGAUAUUGACACUCAAUUUCAUAAUCAAGAUGUCAAGAUGCUUAAACUGGAGGAGCAGGACUUUCUUGGUGAGGCAAGUUGCACAUUGGCUCAGAUUGUCACAAAAUCUGACAGAUCCCUGACCAUGGACCUAGUAUGUGGCGAACAAUUUUCUGGUCAAGCACAUGCACGGAAGUUUGGCAAGCUUACAAUUUUUGCUGAAGAAAGUAUCAGCUCAAAGACUACUGUCGAGUUGAAAUUAAGAUGUUCAGAAUUGGAAUCGAAGGAUUUGUUUUCAAAAAGUGAUCCAUUUCUGGUGGUAUCCAAAACUACUGAAAGUGGAAUUGUCGUUCCAAUUUGCAAAACAGAAGUGAUGAAAAAUGAUCAUUCACCCACCUGGAAACCGGUGUUCUUGAAAAUUCAACAAAUUGGAAGUAAGGAGAACCCAUUAAUUAUAGAGUGUUAUGACUUCAAUAGCAAUGGCAAGCAUAGUUUAAUUGGAAAGAUUCAGAAGUCACUAUUAGAUUUAGAAAAGUUGCAUUCUGCGGGUACUGGUGCAAAUCUUUUUAUACCAACUGCUAUGGGACCAAAACAAGAAAACAAGGUUCUAAAGAGUCAACUUUUCGUGGAAAGCUAUUCUGAGAAAAUACAGUAUACAUUCCUUGAUUACUUGGCGUUUGGCUAUGAACUCAACUUCAUGGUGGCCAUUGACUUUACUGCUUCCAAUGGAAAUCCACGGCUCCCUGAUUCAUUACAUUAUAUUGACCCUUCAGGACGACCAAAUGCUUAUCAGAGAGCAAUCCUGGAUGUUGGGGAGGUAUUGCAGUUUUAUGAUUCAGACAAACGUUUUCCUGCUUGGGGGUUUGGAGCACGGCCAAUUGAUGGCCCAGUUUCUCAUUGCUUCAAUUUAAACGGUAGCAGUACUUACUGUGAGGUGGAAGGAAUCCAGGGUAUCAUGAUGGCAUACAUUAGUGCCCUUCAUAAUGUUUCACUUGCAGGUCCAACUUUAUUUGGACCAGUGAUUACUUCUGCUGCACAUAUAGCAAGUCAGUCUUUGACGAACAGUGAGCGGAAGUAUUUCGUUUUGUUAAUUAUCACGGAUGGCGUAAUAACAGAUCUCCAAGAAACAAAGGACGCUCUUGUUCAAGCAGCGGAUUUGCCAUUGUCAAUUCUAAUUGUUGGGGUUGGAGGUGCAGACUUUAAGGAAAUGGAGAUAUUGGAUGCUGAUAAAGGAGAGAGGCUAGAAUCUACAACUGGACGAGUUGCUGUUCGUGAUAUAGUACAAUUUGUUCCCCUCCGUGAUGUACAAAAUGGAGAUGUCUCAGUCGUUCAAUCGCUUUUAGCAGAAUUACCUUCUCAAUUGUUGGAAUACAUGCGGUUCAGAAAGAUACAGCCGACUUUGUGAUCGAUCAUACAAGACUUGUACAUAUAAAUGUCCAUCUCUCUAGACUAAAAUUUUUCUUCAUGUUGCCCAGAAGAUUAAGCUGAUAUCUUUCAUCAGCAUAGUCUUGUAAUUGAUUUUGUUGAUAAAAAAACGUAAGUCCGUUGCUCUUUAUACUUGCAAAUUCCAAUCUCCUUUCUGUUACAGUUACCUUCCAGUUGUCCGUUAUCCGUUGUAACUGUCAUGUUUAAGGCUGUAAGCAGAACUUAAA